AUGGCGGACUUUAUCCGGACCCAGAUCUUCGGCACGUGUUUCGAAAUCACGUCGCGAUACGUGGAUCUCAACCCCGUGGGGAUGGGAGCCUUUGGUCUCGUGUGUUCGGCCAAGGACCAGCUCACGGACCAGAACGUGGCCAUCAAGAAAAUCAUGAAGCCGUUCGGCACUCCCGUGCUGUCGAAACGGACGUACCGAGAGCUCAAGCUGCUCAAGCACCUGCGCCACGAAAACCUCAUUUGCCUGAGCGACAUUUUCAUCUCGCCGCUGGAAGACAUUUACUUUGUCACCGAGCUGCUGGGCACAGACCUGCACCGUCUGCUCAUGACCCGGCCUCUGGAGAAGCAGUUCAUUCAGUACUUUCUUUACCAGAUUCUGCGAGGCCUGAAGUACGUGCACUCUGCCGGUGUGGUCCAUCGAGACCUCAAGCCGUCCAACAUCCUCGUCAACGAGAACUGCGACCUGAAAAUCUGCGACUUUGGCCUUGCCCGAAUCCAGGACACCCAGAUGACCGGCUACGUGUCGACCCGGUACUACCGAGCGCCUGAAAUCAUGCUCACGUGGCAGAAGUACGAUGUGGAGGUGGAUAUUUGGUCCACGGGCUGCAUCUUCGCCGAGAUGCUGGAGGGCAAGCCCCUGUUCCCCGGCAAGGACCACGUGCACCAGUUCUCCAUCAUCACCGAGCUGCUGGGCUCGCCCCCAGAAGAUGUGAUUCACACCAUCUGCUCGGAAAACACUUUGAGGUUCGUCAGAACUCUGCCCCGGCGAGAACGAAUCCCUCUGGCGUCCAAGUUCCGAAACGCCGACCCCGAGGCCAUCGAUCUCAUGGAGAAAAUGCUGGUUUUCGACCCCAAAAAGCGAAUAACCGCGGCCGAGGCUCUGGCCCACCCUUACUUGGCACCAUACCACGACCCCAGCGACGAGCCUGUAGCCGAGGAACGGUUCGACUGGUCGUUCAAUGACGCAGACUUGCCGGUGGACACAUGGAAGGUGAUGAUGUACUCGGAGAUUCUCGACUUCCACAAUGUGGACAUUGACGUCAACGGCCAGCCUCCACAGGGCCAGUUUGAGCAGGUCCAUGCCCAGGCACAAGCGGCCGUCGCACAGAACGAGGCUGCCAGGGCUAGGGAACAGGAGCAGCAGCAGCAGGAGCAGCAGUAA